AUGCACCAGGAAGGAAGUAAGCGAAAGACCCUAGACGCCACGGUGCGGGAUGACAAUCCGUAUAGCCGACUCAUGGCACUGCAGCGAAUGGGCGUGGUAGACAACUAUGAGGCUAUUCGUCAAAAGUCUAUUGCGAUUAUAGGUGCAGGUGGGGUGGGGAGUGUUGUGGCGGAGAUGCUGACGCGUUGUGGAAUCACAAAGAUUUUGCUUUUUGACUACGAUAAGGUGGAGCUCGCCAACAUGAAUCGCCUGUUUUACCGUCCCGAGCAGCAGGGCAUGACUAAGGUGAAGGCGGCAAAACAGACGCUGGAGAGCAUCAACCCGGACACGGAGAUCGUCCCAUACGCCUUUAGUAUCACCUCCACCGAACACUGGCAUGAUUUUGUGGACGCCCUCACGAAGCACGGCGGUGUGCAGCCGAAUUCACCUGUGGAUCUUUUGCUCUGUUGUGUGGACAACUUUCAGGCCCGUCUCACAGUCAACUACGCCUGCCUGCUUCAUAACAUUCCAUGGAUGGAGAGCGGCGUCGCGGAGAAUGCUGUCAGCGGCCACAUCCAGCUCUUGCUUCCGGGCGUGACCCCCUGCUAUGAGUGCUGCCCCCCGCUGGUGGUGGCGACAGGGAUGCCUGAGGCGAAGCGCGAGGGUGUCUGUGCGGCGUCACUUCCCACCACCAUGGGCAUCGUGGCGGGAUUCAUGGCGCAGAACACGCUGAAGUAUUUACUGAACUUUGGCACAGUGAGCGAGUACGUCGGCUACGACGCGAUGCGGGAUCAUUUCCCUUGCGUCACCAUCAAGGCAAACCCCGAGUGCCGCAAUGAGACUUGCGUGCAGCGGCAGCAGGAAUACGCCACACGGCGGGCUUUGAUGGGUGACGCGGCCCACCCACUGUAUCAGGGGAGAAAACAACGUGAGGAGCGGGAGGCGAAGGAACGGGCGGCGGCGAAGGCGAAGGCUUCGGCAUCCGCUGCAGAGUGGGGAAUUGUGGUGGAGGCGCAGGGGAAGGAGAACUUGGCGGUGCAUGCAACGCAGCCGGGCGGUGCAGAAGACGCCGGCGUGGAGUACGCGUACAGCGGCGGUGCGGGGAGUGCGGCAAACCACACGGAGGAGGAAUUUGUGUCGACAGACGGUGGUGAGUCCCUUGAGGCGUUGAUGGCAAAAAUGAAGUCUUUGCAGCAUUAA